AAAGCCUUUAAUGCAGCUUUUUUUUUCUCCAAGCAACUAUCUCAGUUUUCACUCAGGACAAAAAUAUCUGAUUAAAUGAACACCCAGACUAAACAGGACAUUUCUUACACAUAAGCUGUAAAGUCAGACAAAUUCCUACAUAACUGACUGAAACAAGUCAGUGUUCCCCGAGCAGCCGAAACAGACGCCACAGUGUAGCAUUCGGGGUGGGAAGGAGGAUGAACAUCCAGACAGAUAGCAGCAUUACAGCCUUCGUCACACACUCCAUUCUGACGAGCAGUUCUCUGACAUUGGUGCUAAUGGUUGCUUCUGCAGCCAUUGGAGGAACUCUUCAAUAUGGCUACAACCUGGCCAUAAUGAAUUCUCCCACAACUUUUAUUCAAACCUUUAUCAAUGAGACAUUCCUGGAGCGCUGGGACAUCCAGUUGGAGGACUACCAGGUGACUCUGGUCUGGACAAUUAUUGUCUCCAUCUUCUCAUUGGGGGGCUUUGCAGGGGCUCUUAUUGCAGGACCCAUGACCAUACGCUUCGGGAGGAAGAAAUGCAUGUUGUUGAACAACAUUUUCCUCAUGACUGGUGCACUCUUAGCUGUGACAAGUAGAGCUGCCAAGUCUUUCGAGAUGAUCAUUAUCUCACGUGUCCUGGUUGGAAUAAACGCCGGGAUCAGCAUGAAUGUGCAACCCAUGUAUUUUGGAGAAAGUGCACCAAAGCAUUUAAGAGGGGCUAUCUCGUUGUCAUCAGCUGUUUUCACAGCAUUUGGUGUUGUGUUAGGACAGGUGGUCGGACUCAGAGAGAUUUUGGGCAGUGAGCCGUGUUGGCAGUAUCUUCUUGCCAGUAAUGCCAUUCCUGGCUUCAUUCAGCUCCUCACCCUGCCGUGGUUCCCAGAGAGUCCCAGAUACCUGUUCAUCGACAGGGGGGACAAGGAGGCUUGUAUUAACGCUUUGAGACGGCUGCGAGGCAGUGAGGUCCAGAACAGCGAGCUCGAUGAGAUCCUGCAGGAACAGGCUGAAACCAAAGGCAUGAGGCCCAGCCGACCCUGGGAGCUUUUUACUGAUCGCUCAGUGCGCUGGCAGCUCAUCUCUGUCAUGAUCAUCAGCAGCGCCAUGCAGCUCUGUGGUAACGACUCGAUUUACUUCUAUGCAUCAUAUGUAUUCAAAGAGGCUGGAGUAUCUGAUGAUAAAAUCCAAUAUAUCACAAUUGGCACUGGUACAUGUGAAUUCACAGCCUGUAUAAUGUGUAACCUGCUGAUUGAGCGCAAAGGUCGGAGGUUUAUGCUGAUGGUAGGGUUCAUUCUCAUGACCGUCUGGGCUGUUGUCUUCACGAUUGCUCUGUCGUUUGAGCAUAUAUCCUGGAUGCCGUACCUGAGCAUGGCCUGCAUCUUCACCUACAUCCUCAGCUUCGGCAUGGGACCAGCUGGAGUGACCGGCGUUCUGCCCACAGAGAUCUUUAAUCAGACAGCUCGGCCAGCAGCCUACAUGAUUGCUGGCUCCAUGAUGUGGCUCAACCUUUUCGUCAUUGGAAUGAUCUUCCCUUUUCUGGUGAGCGAGUUGAGUGAGUACUGCUUUGUGCCUUUCGCAGUGGUCUGCCUGUUGUCUGCGUUGUAUGUCGGCCUGUUUCUGCCUGAGACCAAAGGGAAGUCUCUGUCAGCCAUCACAAGUGAAUUCCACAAGCUCAACUUCAAAGGCCAGGACAAAAAGUGUGCAUCGCAAACUCAAGCUCAGUAUCAGCUGGGUGAAGUGUGUCUUUCCACGGCCUUGUAGACAGACUUUUUCUCCUGAAAAAUCACAUCCACCGUACGCCUCACUUUGACCUGAUCUGCGUGAGCUGGAAGAAGUCACGCACAGUCUUACAGGAACGGAGGAAUGUUCACUUUCAUAUCACCGAAAGCAACUUAGAUCUACUAUAGCUCCUUUAUCUGGAGUGUGUCUUAUAUGAAGAGAAUUUAAAGGACUUAUCUUUGACGUCUUCACAUAUAUACACUUAUGUUUUGCUACUCUGUGUCACUGAUUGACAUGAGACAAAAGUAAUUAAAACUACUAUGUAUUCAACUAACUGUGGCAGAAGAAAAAUAAUCUGCUACGUAGGAAGUGGUGUGUUUUAUGUUAUCAGACACAGAGGUUGUUUGGAAUAAAUUGAAAAAUAACUGGAUAGGUAGCAUGAGCACUUGUAGUCACCAUUGCUGAAAAAUGGUGAGUAUAAGUGCUCUGAAAACACGUCUCACAUUUAUUUAUGAAGGUGUUUUUAGGUAAAGAAUAAAACAUUUCAGCCUAGCAAAUAAACAAUAAUGAAUUUUAUUUCUUCAGUAAUUAAUUGUUUAAUGGGACAAAGAAAACAGUUGUUACCAGCAUAGUUAUUAAUGACUAUGGCAAACGAUGUCCUUACUUUAACUUCUCAACAACCAACAGGGCAGUGAAGUCUUUGCUGUGUGGCAGAUGUUGCACCAUGUUAAAGAGAAUAUGGUCUAGAUAGAAACAAAGAGUUAAUUUGAUAGAAACAAAGAGUUAAUUUGCACCUUAUUAAAUAUAAACUGUAUGCAUCAGUGUGCACACCUCAUUCAUAACAAAAGGUAUCAUGAUGUUGAGCAUUCAUGCUAUUGGUAAUCACUGAAAUUGUAAAAUCCGCUGUUUUUACAUGAGUGGAAUAUGUGCAGUUGUUUAUGUUGAAUAUUGCUGUCAUUCUUUUUGUUUUAAUGAUCUAACUCUGAGCCAAUAAAAGUAUCUUAUAAUGAGUUUUAAAAUAGCUUUUCAUAUAAAAGUUUUCAAUGAGAUCAUCAAAAGGUGCCUUUCAAACAUAAUACAGUUAUAAGGUUACAUCAAAUUAAAUUUGUCUGGUGUCAAAGGUAGGACUGUAAAGUUAUUUUAUUUUAUUUACCCACUAUUGGUUUGGUGAGCACAUCACCCACUCACACACAUUCACUACAACCACAACAAUAACUAAUCGUUCUAUUAAUUGUUUUUUUAUGUGAGAGUAUUUUACCUGACAGCUGGGAAGCUUUUAACUAUGUCUUUGAGUUUAGGUAGGAAGACUGUAUCCUCUGUUUGUUGGUUUUAUAGGUUUUUUUUGUAUACACUAAAAUGAGUUUAAAUGAUCAAAAUAUGACUGAGAACCCUUAACCUCUGUCCCAGACCCACUGGUAGGGCUAAGCUUUGUUCCCACUUUAAAGUCUACUGUAGUUCCCAAGGUUUCUAAAGAUACCCAAAUGUAAGGCUGAAUUUUUGAUGUGUUUAAAAUGGUGCACAAGACAUUAAAAACAUUUGAUUGAUAUUUGAUGAAGCGAUGCAGCCAUUAAAAGAACAACAUCUUAGCUUUGAAUAUUUCACUUUGUAUCAGCAUCUUAUACCCUCAACGAUACAACCCGUCCAAAUCAAAAUGUGAUAUUGUCAUACAGUGUGGAAAAUUAUCUUUUAUAACUGGACAAAAAUAGCGGAAAUGACAUCAAUGAAAUCAAGAUGUUAAAUAAAUUCUUUACAAAAUGUUCUCCCAGAAGGCAAAUGUUAAGUCACUACACACUUACAUGUCAGUUGCUGACCUACAAAAAGUGGUACAUGUUUUUACCUAUUCUCGGCUUGAUUAUGUGCUUGUGUAAAAUCAGUGGAGUGCCUCUUUAAUGUGUGCAUGUACUGUAUUUACACAGGAUGACUAAUGAUGUAUAAUGUAUGAGCUCCACGUGAGCAUAAAUAUGCAGCAAAUAAUCGAUGAACCACCAUCUGCACAUCUGACCUGCAAGUCCUUUUUUGCC